AUGGCAGAGCAUCCAUCCUUCACACUCGCUGGCCUGUUGGCCGUGGGCGGAACUGCCGGUUACCUCCGCACCCGCUCAACACCAUCGCUCGUCGCGGGUCUUGUGCUCGGCGCAUCAUAUGGAUAUGCCGGCUACCGCAUCAAGCAAAACCAGGAUUAUGGAACUGAACUCGCUCUUGGAAACAGUAUCGCGCUUCUCGGGUCUGCGAUUCCUCGCAUCAUGAAGACAGGAGGACGAGCGCCCGUGCCGAUCGCUUUGGGUGCGACGGGUGCGCUUGCGACGUUCUACUAUCAGAAGAAGGUUAGGGAAUUCAGGUACGGUGUGUGAAGUUUCGCCACAUGCAAAAUUAUAUAUUCAAGUUGCUAUACACAAU